AUGUUCACUUCAGUGAAGGCCUUUGAGGGGCAGCAGUACUCCACCCUGAAGAGGCAGUGCUUGCAGAGUGGCCUGCUCUUUGAGGACCCCCGCUUCCCCGCCACUGACGACUCGCUCUUUUACCAGGGCAACCGAAUCGGACGUGUGGUCUGGAAGAGGCCUCGGGAGCUGUGUGAAGACCCUCACCUGUUUGUAGACGGCAUCAGCGCACAUGAUUUGCAUCAGGGACAGCUGGGUAACUGCUGGUUCGUAGCGGCAUGCUCCAGCUUGGCCUCCAGAGAGUCUCUAUGGCAAAAAGUCAUUCCCGACUGGAAGGAGCAGGAGUGGGAUACGGAGAAGCCGGACUCGUACGCCGGGAUUUUCCACUUUCGCUUCUGGCGCUUCGGCGAGUGGGUGGACGUGGUGAUUGACGACCGGCUACCGACGGUGGACAACCAGCUGGUCUACUGUCACUCCAACGACAGCAACGAGUUCUGGAGUGCUCUGGUGGAGAAGGCCUACGCCAAGGUUUAUGGCUGCUACGAGGCUUUGGACGGGGGAAACACGGCAGAUGCACUGGUGGAUUUCACAGGUGGCGUUUCAGAGCCAGUGGACCUGCUGGAGGGUCAGAUGGCAACGGACGAGGUGGCCCGAAACCAGCUGUUUGAAAGAGUCCUCAAAGUCCACAACCGAGACGGUCUCAUCAGCUGCUCCAUCAGGGCGACCACUGUAGAGGACAUGGAGGCACGGCUGGACUGCGGCCUGGUCAAAGGUCACGCCUACGCUGUGACGGACGUACGGAAAGUGCGGCUAGGUCACGGACUGCUGGCCUUCUUCAAAUCAGAGAAGCUGCACAUGAUCCGCAUGAGGAACCCCUGGGGAGAGAAGGAGUGGAGCGGCCCCUGGAGCGACAGUUCGGAGGAGUGGAACAAGGUGAGCAAGAGCGAGAGAGAAAAGCUUGGCGUCACCGUGCAGGACGACGGCGAGUUCUGGAUGACGUUCGACGACUUCUGCCAGUACUUCACGGACCUGAUCUUGUGCCGCCUCAUCAACACCUCCUACCUGAGCAUCCACAAAACCUGGGAGGAGGAGGUGAUGAGGGGCUCCUGGGUGCACCGCCAGGACCCGCUCCGCAACCGGUCCGGCGGCUGCAUCAACCACAAGGCCACCUUCCUGCAGAACCCUCAGUACGUGUUUGAUGUGAAGAAGGUGGAGGAUGAGGUGCUGAUCUGCUUGCAGCAGAAAGAAAAGAGAGCCACGCCCAAAGAGGGCAAAGGGGAAAACCUCGCCAUAGGCUUUGAUAUUCACCGGGUGGAGCUCAAUCGAAAGUACCGUAUGCACUCAGCCCAGCAGAAAGUAGCGGGCUCCAUCUACAUCAACUCGCGUUGCGUCUUCCUCAGGAAGGAGCUGAAGGAGGGGCGUUAUGUCAUCAUUCCCACAACCUUUGACCCCGGGCAGCAGGGCGACUUCCUGCUCCGUGUCUUCACUGAUGUGCCUUCAGAUUGCAAAGAGCUGACUCUGGACGAGCCUCCUCAGACAUGCUGGACGGGGAUGUGUGGGUACCCUCAGCUGGUCACUCAGGUCCAUGUACUGAAUGCUGAGGGUCUGCAGGGACAGGACUCCAAUGGAGAGCUACGCUGCCUCAAUCCCAAUAAGGAAAGACUUCUGAGCAAAGCAAGAGCUGUAGAUCCCUACAUGAUCAUCACCUGUGAAGGGGAGAGGGUUCGUUCACCGGUUCAUAAGGACACACGGUGCCCAAACUUUGACAUCAAAGGCCUGUUCUACCGCAAGAAACCCAAGGACGGCAUCCACAUCGAGAUCUACAACAAGAACAUGAUCGUGGACACCUUCCUGGGUCAGGUGAUCCUGUUCAGCGAUCCCAACGAGCGGCAGGAGCAGCACACGCUUCACCUCCGCGACAAGGGCAGCCGCCAGGACAACGACCUCCCGGGCACGCUCACUGUGCGCCUCAUCACCUCGACCACGCUCACCAACAUCUGA